UCCCUUCCGAUGUGACAGGUUGUUCAUAAAAGAAAAAUAUUUUGGAAAGGUUAAAUUCAAUAUAAUUUUGAUUGUAUUAUUCUUGAAUUACUCUAACAGAAAUAGAACGGUCAUAUGAUAAUUUCCAUCAAACAGAUAUAAUAUUAUGGGUAAGAAAAAAGAUAACUUUUCAGAACGAGGAGAUGACACUUCUCAAGGAUUUUCACACAAAAAGCACAAAAAACACAAGAAACACAAGAAAAGUAAAUCUCAACCACAAGUUUAUGAUACAUCAUACGAUUUUAUCCCAGAUGAUGUAGAACAAACUGUUGAAGUUAUGGAAGAGGUAGAAUAUAUGGAAGCAGAUUUAGAACCAGAAAUCAUCACAGAGCUUGAAACAGAAGAACCAGGCUCUCCUAGUAACUCCCUGGCCGCUUCUGUACAACCUGCGACACCUUUAUUGUCAACGAAAUCAACCCCUCAACCAAAAAAUGCAUCAGGAAAAUCUUCCAAGAAAAAGAAAGGUAAUAGAAGGGAUAGUGGCACAUCUAGCGAAGAAGAACGUUGGCUUGAUGCAAUCGAAUCUGGUAAAUUAGAAGAGGUGGACGACGAGUUAAAAAAAAUUAAACCAAAAGAUCCUAAACUUAUGACUGCUCGUCAAAGAGCUAUGUACGAAAGAAACACCGAUAAAGAUGCCGUAAGCCCGGGAGGAGAAAUACUAAUGGCGCUACCCACUGGUUAUAAGGAAAAGGUGUUGACUGCGGAGGCUAUACAAAAAGCACAGCUAAAGUCUCAGAAGCGGAAACAAAUGGCUGACGAGAAAAGAGAGAAAGAUAAGAAGAAAACGAUGGAGCGUUUGCUUAAAAAACAAGAUUCAAAAUCAGUGAAGGCUAUCAAGAACCGACUGACCAAGGUUCAACAACCAAUGAUUACAUAUAUUAAUACAGUCAACGGGGGUACGAUUUCAUUGCCGCCAAAUGUAGAAUUUCCUUCAAAACCACUGGUUGGAAGAGAUCCACCCAAACCAAUAAUGUGUGGAAUACCAAAUUGUACAAAUAUAAAGCGUUACAAUUGUUCAAAAACAAAUAUUCCACUUUGCAGUUAUCAAUGCUACAAAACAAACGUUGAUUCAAUAAAGCAAAUAAUUUACUAGAGGUAAAACCAAACAUAAUUUUAACGGCAUGUUCAUGAUUGUUCUAGUUCUAGAUGCAUAAUUUUCGUUAGUUUUACAAUUUAAAUUUGCCAGUAUGAAAAACGCAACCCUGUAAAAGGUUCCAAAUAUAGAAAAACCGGCAGCGUAUGCUGUUUUAAA